UGGUAGGUACCUACCUAGGUAGGCUUCACGAUAAUCAACCAACUCGCUUAUUUAAACAAAGUAUCUCAACUCAAGACUAAGAUCCCAAUUUGCUUUCAUCUCUUCGGCAUCUGAAACUAAAACCCCAAGUGAUACCUAAUAAACGAGAAAGACGAAUCACCUGUUGUCACUGUACCCAUAAACGCAACCUAACGCAGCAAUAUCUUGUAUCUAGCAACUAAUAGGAGUGCGAUUUUAUUCUAAUCUCCUGUGCCGAUACCAUCAUGGUCGCCCAUAACGCUUGCACACAGCCAGACAUCAUUAUCUUCCGCGGUUGGGAAGAUCCUGGUAAAUACGUGUGGUCUCCAUAUGUGACCAAGCUAGAAGCGCGGUUACGCUUUGCGGGAGUGAAGUACACGACAGAAGCCGGGUCCUUGAAAAUGGCACCGAAAGGCAAGAUUCCCUACAUCGAAUGCCAUGACCUCUCUUCUGUACCUACCCCGGUCGUGCAUGAAGGAAGUACGGAAUCAAAAGUACUGCUAAGCGACUCGGCUCUCAUCGCCAAGACCCUUACCGAAUGGAAUGUCCUUCCGGAUCUCAACGGCGCACUAGAUCCAUCGAAACGUUCGCAUGAUAUGGGGUUGAUAGCUCUACUAGAGAAUAAGUUGUAUUUUUAUCAUAGCUGGGAGCGUUGGAUCCAGAACUACUAUACGAUGAGGGACAACGUUCUAUGGCCAAUACCGUAUCCUAUACGCGUAGUCGUAGGUUUAAUGGUUUAUCGAAAGAACAAUGCGAUGCUCCACGCUCAGGGCACCGGCCGCUUCACAGCUGAAGAAAUCAAUAAUUUUCGACGCGAGAUUUGGGAAAGGGUGAGCGCACUACUGGCUGUAUCGCGAUCUAGUAGCAAAUCUAGCGGCAAUGAGAAGCCAUUCUGGGCAUUGGGCGGAGAACAACCGACCGAGGCGGACACCUGCUUGUUCGGUUUCAUCGUUUCAACUCUGAUAUGUACUGCUGGACCUGACUCUCAGAAGGAAAUAAGAAAAUUUCCUACCCUCUUAGAUUACGCAGAGCGUAUUCACAAUCAUUAUUUCCCGGACUAUGAGAAAUGGGUAGUAUGACGCGAUCUGGGUAUUCAUUGGGAUCAGAUGUGGGUAAACGAAUUAUUCACUAGAGGCUUGUAUUAAGAUGUCACGGAAGGAACCGGAUGAAAGGAAUAUCCCAAAUUCUGCGGUGUUAAGCUAUCUACAUUACGGAGAAAUUAUCAAUUGAACCCAAAGGAAAGUUUUA